UAAAGACAUAAUAGACUUUACUAGAUAUAGAUUGUAGAUAGCUAUUUUGAGUAACGGAAUUGUUUAUCUACCAAAAACAUAUUCUAAAUAACUUAUUACCUCACACUUACAAUUUCUAUAAACAUAUGUUUGUUCAAAUAGUCAAUUUCCGCAAUGCUUUCAUGUUCAAUCAAUGCAGAAAAUAAAGUCGAGUACUACCGCUAGGGGCGAUAAACGUAUUCCUAAUAGCUUUGCUUAUCCACGGAAAAACGGAAUGGCGCAUUCGGAAAAUGGGAAUUGGGAUCUGGGAACGAUAGUUUCCUCUCCGUUGCGGUAGGGUACGCACGCUUUGUCGUGUGAUUUCCCGCCAAAAUGAUCGCGAGAGUUAGAGCAUUCCUGUUGAUAAUAGUUUCCGUCCACGCCGCGAAAAAUUUUGAUUCAAGAAACGUUGUUUUUACAAUAAUCGGCCAGUCUGAGCCAUAUCACGCCAGCGUCGCUAGCCGACUCAAAUUGGACAUAGAGAAUCAGGUCAAUGAAUUGGAAGGCCGAGAAGCAAUUAUACACAUUGCACACGAAGAUUUCUCAGUUCCCGGUGCGUGGACAGUGAUUCCACUCUUUCGGCCUCUGUUCACAAAGUACAAGGGUAGCGAUGUACGAUGGGUCCUAUUUUUGGAGCCUCACACCGCUGUGCGUUGUGGAAAACUUUUCGAGGCUCUGGCUGCAGCUGAUAAACAGAAGGAUGUAAUGUGGGUGGGGUACCCGUUAAGUGACGAUGAACCGACUAUCAUACACCACUUUACGCACUUUGAGGAAUUGGAAGACGAUGGUGGUUUUGUAUAUCCCAACUUCGCCAGCGGUUUUGCUAUGAAGAUGGGAUUAAUAGAAAGUGUUUUAGAAAAAAUGGAAAGUGGCACAGCCAAAAUCGAUGCUGAUUUCUCAAUAGACCCGGCAUUCGAACUGGCCCGUCUGAUUUAUGGAAGUCGGGAUAGCCCCGGGCCACUGCUCACCCGAGAUUUGAGUUUCUGUGUUGUCUCUAUGGACAACUGUGCUACGUACCCAAGGCAGUUUGAUUCAUGUGGCAGUGUGGCUGAAGAGUCAAUAUACUUCGCGGUUAAGACGUGGAGCGCGUUCCACUCGACACGCGCGCGCGCACUCAAGAAGACAUGGGGGAGACAUGUGAUGCACUUGCACUUCUUCAGCGAUCAGAAUGAUCCAAGUUUGCCAGCGACGAACAUCGGUGUCCCGAACUCAAAAACGGGACAUUGUAUGAAGACAAUCGCGAUUUUAAAGGAAGUCGUGAGACGUGUGCAGAACAUGCCGCAAAUUAAAUGGAUUUUCUUGGCUGAUGAUGACACUAUACUUGGGGUCCAAAGGUUAUGCGAGGUGCUGAGUUGUUACCGCGGUGGUGGUGACGUCACAGUACUAGGCGAACGAUACGGAUACGGUUAUGGAAAGAAAGACGCAAUUCAUAAAGGAUACGAUUACAUAACGGGCGGUGGCGGUACUGCUCUAAGCGUUGGCGCAGCUAAGCUACUAUCUCAAUGCGCCUGCGCAGCCCUGAGCGCACCAGACGAUAUGACGCUCGGCGCCUGCGCAACACAUCGCUUACAUGUGCCCCUCACGCAUUCACCGCUUUUCCAUCAGGCUCGCCCCCAAGAUUACCCGCGAGAAGUGCUUGCUCGGGACCGUCCCAUAUCAUUCCACCGGCAUUCAACCCCCGACCCUUUAAAAGUAUAUGCAACAUGGUUCCAGCAUGACGAUCUCGCACUACGCAUACGAGACGAACUAUAGGAUCUAUGCAGUUACAAUAAUUCUACCAUGUACAAAAUCUUUAUUAAAGUCGAUUGUUAAU